UUUGUAUAUUAUCAAUAAAAUGAGCAAACUUUUAGUCUAUGGUGGAGCUGGUGCCUUGGGUCGUUCUCUUGUACAACAUUUUAAAUCAAAAGGAUUCACAGUGAUCAAUGUGGAUUUGAUUGAGAAUACAGAGGCCGACUACAACACAUUGACAAAUGCUUCCGCCUCUUUAUCGGAACAAGGAGAAUCCAUCAGUCAUUCCCUUUCUCAAGUUUUGGGCUCAGAUAAGUUGUGUGGUAUUUUUUGUGUUGCUGGUGGUUGGGCUGGCGGUAAUGCAGCCAACAAAGACUUCUUAAAAAACUCUGAAUUGAUGAUAAGUCAGAGUGUUCAUUCUUCUUUAAUUGCUUCACAUCUUGCUUCUAAAUAUCUUGAAGAGAAUGGCUUGCUGACCUUGACAGGUGCUUUGGCUGCUUUGGAGGCAACACCUGGUAUGAUUGGUUAUGGUAUUGCUAAGACUUCAGUACACCAUCUUGUUCAAGACUUAGCAGCAUCAAAUGGUGGACUUCCUCAAGGUGCUAAAGUUACUGCUAUCUUACCUAUCACGAUCGAUACUCCCAUGAAUAGAAAAUUCAUGCCUAAUGCUGAUUUUAGCACAUGGACCUCACCUACAGAUAUUGCAAAGCAAUUAGAAGGUUAUCUCACAGGCUCAGUGUCCUUGACAAGUGGCAAACUUGUGAGUGUUGUUACUGAAGAUGGUGUCACUACUUUUAAGGAAAUCUAAAAUGAGCGUAAUAAACAGCUUUCAUGUUAUGAGUAUGAUAGCCAUUUACGUCUGUUGUACAACAGUACAGAUGGAUAUUCAGUUGAGUGCAUUCAUAAUGCCUAUUGUUUAGACCAG